UGUAAAUAAGCUCUGUAAUUCAGACUAAAAAUGUCACCUUUCUAUAUAAUCUUAGCUCACAAUUUGAAUGAACCGAUGGUAGCCUGAAUUCCCGUCGGAGACCAGAAGCUCAGUCAUGGCGUAAGGUUUGUUCCCAUUUCUUCUUUCUCUGCUCCAUCAAGAACAUAGCAAUCUCGAAAUUCAAUUCAUGCUGGUUUCUCUGUCGUGUAUUUCUGUCAGUAAUUCAUCCAGGUUCUCGUUUCGUACUCUUUGGAUCGCGAGCCUUUCUCCAUGGACAUUCUCUUUGCUCAGAUCCAAGCUGACCUUCGCUCCAACGAUGCCCUUCGCCAAUCCGGCGCUCUCCUUCAGGCACUGCAGCAAUCCGCUGCCGGCCGGGACAUUUCCGUCAUCGCCAAGUCCGCCGUUGAGGAGAUCGUAGCAUCCCCUGCUUCUGCUGUUUGUAAGAAACUUGCCUUUGACCUUAUUCGCUCUACGCGUCUUACUGCGGAUCUUUGGGACAUUGUGUGCACCGGUAUUCGCACUGAUUUCGACUUUCCUGACCCCGAUGUCACCGCUGCUGGGGUCUCCAUUCUCGCUGCGAUUCCUUCUUACCGCCUCGCCAAGCUGAUUACUGACUCCCAUAAAGAAAUUUCUGCUUGUUUUGAUUCUCCUAGUGAUAAUUUGAGAUUCUCGAUCACCGAAACUUUGGGGUGUAUUCUUGCUAGGGAUGACCUUGUCACGCUUUGUGAGAAUAAUGUUAGUCUACUCGAUAAGGUUUCGAAUUGGUGGUUGCGGAUUGGGAAAAACAUGCUGGAUAGGUCGGAUGCUGUUUCGAAGGUUGCCUUCGAGUCAGUCGGAAGGCUGUUCCAGGAAUUUGAUUCGAAGAGAAUGAGUAGGUUGGCAGGCGAUAAGUUAGUCGAUAGUGAAAAUUCUCUUGCUAUUAGGUCCAACUGGAUUUCUUCAAUGGCAGACUUCGUUUGGAAGAAGCGAAAUGCCUUAAUGGCGAGGUCCCUAAUUUUGCCUGUGGAGAGCUUUAGGGCCACUGUGUUUCCAAUAGUGUAUGCAGUGAAGGCUGUAGCUUCUGGGGCAGCUGAAGUCAUCAGUAAGCUCUCGAAGUCUUCUACUGGAAAUGGCACCAUUACGGACUCAAGUGCAGAGAGGCUAGUGGGAGUCUCAGAUGUAGCUACCCAUUUAGCGCCAUUUUUAGCUUCGUCGUUGGAACCGGCAUUGAUUUUUGAGGUAGGGAUUAAUAUGUUGUAUUUGGCUGAUGUGCCUGGAGGGAAGCCUGAAUGGGCUUCACAGUCGAUCAUAGCGAUUCUCACACUCUGGGAUAGACAAGAAUUCUCUUCUGCUAGAGAAAGUAUUGUUCGGGCUGUUGUUACCAAUCUUCACCUCCUUGAUCUACAUAUGCAGGUUUCAUUGUUUAAGAGACUACUUCUGAUGGUGAGAAAUUUGAGAGCAGAGUCAGAUCGUAUGCAUGCCUUAGCGUGUAUUUGCCGUACGGCUCUCUGUGUCGACCUUUUUGCCAAGGAAAGUGUUCGUAGAGGUCAAAAGCCUCUUGCAGGAACUGAUAUUGCUUCUCUAUUUGAAGAUGCUAGAGUUAGAGAUGAUCUUAAUACCGUUACUAGUAAAGGCUUGUUCAGGGAGGAAUUGGUUGCUUCAUUGGUGGAAAGUUGCUUUCAGUUAUCUUUACCCUUGCCUGAACAGAAGAACUCUGGGAUGGAGAGCAGAGUUAUUGGGGCAUUGGCCUAUGGAACUGGUUAUGGAGCACUAAACUGGACAGAGCCUGCAUUGGAGGUGGUUGAAGUCUGUAGGCCCUGUGUCAAGUGGGAUUGUGAUGGCCGCACAUAUGCUAUUGAUUGUUACUUGAAGUUGCUAGUUAGGCUAUGCCAUAUAUACGAUACUAGAGGAGGAGUAAAAAGAGUCAAGGAUGGGGCAUCUCAAGAUCAAAUUUUGAAUGAGACAAGGCUGCAAAACUUGCAACGAGAACUUGUGAAAGAUUUACGUGAGGUAAAUACCCCAAGAAUAAGUGCCCGUCUUCUUUGGGCGAUUUCAGAGCAUAUUAAUCUUGAAGGAUUGGAUCCCCUUCUAGCUGAUGACCCGGACGACCCAUUAAAUAUCAUCAUUACAAACAUCCACAAGGUCUUAUUCAACGUAGAUUCAGCAGCAGAGACAACAAAUAGACUUCAAGAUGUUCAGGCAGUGCUUUUGUGUGCUCAGCGAUUAGGAUCACGACACCCUAGGGCUGGCCAGCUAUUGACUAAAGAACUUGAAGAAUUUCGAAGUAAUGGCUUGGCUGAUUCUGUCAACAAACACCAAUGCCGUUUAAUACUACAGAGAAUUAAGUAUGCUUCAAACAAUUCAGAAAGCAGAUGGGCUGGGGUCAGUGAAGCCAGAGGAGAUUACCCAUUUAGCCAUCAUAAACUAACCGUGCAGUUCUAUGAAGCAGCAGCAGCUCAGGACAGAAAAUUGGAAGGUUUAGUUCACAAGGCUAUUUUAGAGCUAUGGAGGCCAGAACCUAGUGAAUUAACUCUUUUGCUGACAAAAGGAAUUGAUUCUACUCUUCUCAAGGUUCCUCCAACUGCGACUACUUUGACUGGCAGUAGUGAUCCUUGCUAUGUGGAAGCAUAUCAUUUGGCAAACUCGAGCGAUGGAAGGAUUACUCUACAUUUGAAGGUUCUAAAUUUAACUGAGCUUGAACUGAAUCGGGUGGACAUUCGAGUCGGGUUGUCUGGAUCAUUGUAUUUCAUGGAUGGAUCUCCUCAAGCAGUGAGACAGCUGCGUAAUCUUGUGUCACAGGACCCAGUACUGUGCAGUGUAACAGUCGGUGUCUCGCAUUUCGAGAGAUGUGCCCUUUGGGUUCAAGUCCUGUACUACCCCUUCUAUGGAAGUGGUGGGGCUGGAGAUUACGAAGGUGAUUACACUGAAGAAGAUUCUCAUAUUAUCAGACAAAAGAGAAGCUUAAGGCCAGAGCUAGGAGAACCUGUGAUUUUGAGGUGUCUUCCUUACAAAAUCCCGCUGACCGAGCUUCUCUCGCCACAUAAAAUAUCUCCUGUUGAGUUUUUCCGCCUAUGGCCCAGCUUACCUGCAAUUGUAGAGUAUACUGGCACUUAUAUUUAUGAGGGGACUGGCUUCAAGGCUACUGCUGCGCAGCAAUAUGGAGCAUCUCCUUUUUUGAGUGGAUUGAAAUCGCUGUCCACCAAGCCUUUCCACAGUGUUUGCUCAUAUAUUAUUCGAACUUUGGCUGGGUUUCAGCUUUGUUUGGCUGCAAAAACAUGGUAUGGCGGGUUCGUGGGGAUGAUGAUAUUCGGAGCUAGUGAAGUAAGCAGAAAUGUAGAUCUCGGCGAUGAGACAACAACCAUGAUAUGCAAAUUCGUCGUUCGAGCAUCUGAUGCAUCAAUUACGAAGGAAAUCGAAGCCGAUCCUCAAGGUUGGUUGGACGAUAUAACUGAUGGAGGCGUUGAGUACAUGCCUGAAGAGGAAGUUAAAGUGGCUGCUGCAGAGAGGCUGAAGAUAUCAAUGGAACGGAUAGCUUUGCUCAAGGCAGCCCAACCUCCAUCAAAGACCCCAAAAUCAGACGACGAAGAAGACGAAGACGAAGACGAGGAAGACGGUGAAGGAGAGAAAAAGAAGAAAGAUGGUGAGGAAAAAAACGGUAAGGGACCGUCAACAUUGUCGAAGUUAACUGCAGAAGAGGUUGAGCAUCUUGCUCUUCAAGCUGCAGUCCUUCAGGAAUGGCACAUGUUGUGUAAAGAUAGAGCGAACAAAGCUAGCUAAGUUGCCGUAUUUUUGUGUUUCCAGUUUGACUGCGAGUGUUCAUUUGUUAGCUUUGGUAUUGUCAAUUUUUUUGAGAGGCUAUCAAUGUGUUUUUAAUGUGUAUUUUAUGGAUGGUUUAGAUUCUUUGAUAAAGUUCACAUUUUUUUUAAUGUGA